UAAAUAAUGUAUUUAUGUCCCUCCGCCCGCCUCCUGGAAACAGCCUAAGUUACGGUACACAACACAAGCCCACAUUUCACCUGUCUUCCCAACUGUAUGGAGACCUGUAGCUACAAUACAAAUAGCAGAGCGCUGUUUAGCAGGAAGGAAGAACCAGGAUGCGCAAUUACGCACGAGAUUAAAGGAGUUUGACGACCGGCCCCUUUUUUUUAAGUUUCUCCUCCAGGGGAUUCACUAUCCAAAGUUUGAGUCUUCUCCAUUCAAAGAGAAGAUAUCUAUGCACGACGUCAUCAGCGCAACAACAGCCUCUCCUCAUCUCUUCACUCUGAAGUUAACAAGUCAGUCCUCUAUGUGCACAGGACAGGAUGGGAUGCUCCACCAGUUCACAAACUUCAGCAGUGGAUACUGGACCAAGGGAUAAACAAGCGGAGAGCAACGGAGCCAGCACAACAGGGGCAGCUAACGAGAAUGGCAAAGUCGCUGAAGACAGUGAAACUAUCCCCGACCAGACAGCUGCUGAGGGCGGGGAUGCUGCGCCUGCAGAAGAACCUGCUGUAGCUGCAGCAUCUGCAGGAAACACAGCUGCAGCUCCACCUGCAGGAGAGGAGCCUCCGCCUGCUGACGCCAGUCCACCUGAAGAUGCAGCAGCAGCACCUGAAGAUGCAGCAGCACCUGAAGCAGCAGCACCUGAAGAAACUCCUGCUGAAACUCUAGAAGCAGCAGACAGCACAGCAGAGACCGCAGUGAGCUCUUCAGAGCCUGAAGCUGCAGCUCCUGAGCAAGAAAAUGCGGAGGCUGCAGCGACUGAGGAGGCACCAGCUCCCAGUGAGUGAGGUGCAACAUAUCUUUCUGCACAGAUGAGUUUGUUUGAAAAAUCUUACUUAGUACGCAUGCAUGAAUGAAUGUGUGCAUGUGUGUGUGUCAGACGAUGUCCUGUUGCCAACAUGCAGACCCUGUGAUAACCUCUUUCAGUCAGGGCCACUCAGUCAUCACUUUGCCUUCCUCCACAGUAGUGUAUGGCUCAAAUGUAUACUUGCAUACUGUAUAUAGAUUUCUUCUUCACUUAGUGAGUUUAUUUCCAGUGGAUGUAAUAAUAACUUGAGAUUACUGACAUGUCUUUUUAUGAUCUGCAUAGACAUUCAUUUCAGAUUUUCUUACAAAAUCAUUUGUUUUUCACCAUGAUCUAAGACCUAAGACCCCAUUUUGCACUUUUCUAAAACAUCGUAAUUAUUAGAAUUAAACCAAAGCCAAAUUAUAUUUCUAUACCAAACGAUACUGAUUUAUUAGACUAUAUUAUUCUAAGUAGCAGGCUUUGAUUUAAGGAUAUGAAGAGCUGAUACUCUAUUCAUCUCCCACUGAUUUCCAUCAUUUAUAUAAUGCACAAAUGAUUCAAGAGUACAUGUGAGACUUUUUAUGUGUCUGAUGUGUCAUUAUUUAUCUGCCCGCCCUGGAAACUGUAAUAAGCUAUGAACUGACAAAUUAAAAAGACAACCUCAGAAAUGG